AUAAGAUAAAAUGUGAAUUGAGAUUAGCGUUAGAGUUCAAGCUUACUCCUACCGACAGGGCAGCAGCUCCAGCAUUAGAUUCCUUGUCCUGUGAGCAAGCAUCCUCCAAUAGCUGCUGCUGCAUGCCUUCAUCCAGUCGACCAUGGCGGCGCGUGCCGCUGUCCAGCGCCGCUGCUUCAUCCUGCACUGGAGAUUACCGCUCAAUACCGCUAAAAUUGAGCUUGAAAAAUGAAAUCUUGACCUUAACCUUUAGAACAAGUAAGUUUCAUUUUUAAAAAGACACUAGGGAUCGAAAGCUCAAAGUAGUUGCAUGGGGGUGUACACAAUAGUAUUAUAUGUAACGUGUUGCACUCGCACCUCUGCCUGAUCGAUAUUGAUGGAGAAUUUUUAAAUGUAAGAUCGCGACGACUAC